GCCAUGAAUCCGCCGCACGUGACGGAAGAAAGGGCGGUUUUYACGCAGCUCAAACCGGUCAGGAUGUCGGCGGCGGACGGAGCUGAGGAUGCGUCCGUGUUUGAGGACGCCAAACCCGGGGUGCGGAUCUCCGCCAACGCGCUGACUCCGGCCGGGCUUCAGGCUCAUCUAGAGUUGGACAAAUACCUCCCCCAGGUCAGCAGCCCCCUCCUGCCAGAUUCCUCUGACCUGGACAAGAAGUGCCGGCGAGAGAGCGCAUCGGUGGUGGACGAGUACUUCUCCGAGGACAAACCUGUAGCUCCGUACACGUUCAACAUCAACCUCAUCCUCCCCAACACAACUCACCUGCGCACGGGCCUCUACAGGCCCACCCACCCCCAGACCCUCACGCCGCAGCAGAUUAAGACCGAGCCGGGCCUGGAGGUGCCCUGUUCCCUCCCGGCCGGCACCCAGGCCCUGCCGGACUUCACCUCGGUGUUCAGCGUGCCGCCUGCGGUCAACAGCGUUUUCAUCAAACCCGAGAUGAGUCCUGAAGGACGGAGCGUCGCCGCUCAGCAGCAGCAGACCAGUUUGGACACGGAGCUCCACAUCGGACCCCCGCCUCCCCAGCCGCAGGUCUACCACAUGCCCAUCUCCAGCUCGGACCUCCCCCUGAGCCUGUCCCACAGCAGCCCGUCGGUGCCGGGCUCCGCCACCGGCAGAACCAUGCUGACCCUCGGCGCCGGCUCUCUGCCCACGACCCCCGGCAGUUACCUGAUCCCCGAGCCCCAGCUGCAGGCUCAGCAGCACGACGCCUACUAUCAGGUCCAGCAGAGCGCCGCGGCGCAGCACACGGCCCCCCACAGCCUGCCGCCGUCACCGCCCAACUCCCAGCCCGGGAGCCCCGACGGCCAGGCCAAGCUGCUGAACCUGGCCUCGCAGGCCCCGCCUCCGUACCAGCAGCGCCUGGAGGGGAUGAAGGUGACCGGCUUGUCUCCUCACGCCCUCCUCAUGACGCACGGCCAGGGGGUCCUGACCGGACCCAAAUAUAACCGGCGGAACAACCCGGAGCUGGAGAAGAGGAGGAUCCACUUCUGUGACUACCCAGGCUGCAGCAAAGUUUACACAAAGAGCUCUCAUCUGAAGGCACACCAAAGGACACACACAGGAGAGAAACCGUACCAUUGUACGUGGGAGAACUGCGACUGGCGUUUCGCCCGAUCCGACGAGCUCACCAGACACUAUCGGAAGCACACCGGAGCCAAACCCUUCAAGUGCAUCGCCUGCAGCCGCUGCUUCUCCCGCUCGGACCACCUGGCCCUGCACAUGAAGCGCCACCAGAACUGACUCUGAUGCGCUCGUGCGCACGAACCCAAGCAGACACACACAACCCAAAACCAGACCCCAAAUCCACCGUCGACCCGGCGCUAAUGAGCUGAGCGCUAACCGGCUUCGAGGGUUGAUUUCAUUUUUAAAAAUGACAAAUAGAGAUGAUUUUGGUGUCUAAUCUAAUCUCUGAAUUUCUGAGAUGAACUGAUCAAAACUCCAGCUCAUAAAAUGGUAACACAUUAACACUCAACAUCAUCAAACAAACUGUUGUUGUCGGAUGGACUUGGGACUCCGGAAUAAUCUUGGAAAACCUUAAUUUUCUCUACCUGACUCUCUUCACUUCAGCUUUUCACAUUUUCAGGUUUGAACUUUCAACAAGAGGUGGAAACGGUCCCCUCCAUCGUGCCCGUGUAAAUACUUGUUUAUAGGUGUGUGUUUGUGUAUUUGAGAGUAUAACGAAUGUAUUGAAUUUUAUACUUGACGACUUUUAUUUUCACUGAAURUUAGGAGUAAUAUUCAGCCUUUUAACUUCCUUGUGAUACAAUCUGGCCUUUUUUAAAAGAAAAAAACAGGAAUAAAAAUCAACAGACCCAAUAAGGAGGGCCUCCAUGAAAGAGUUAAUCAUCAUGUGGUUCUGCCUGUUUUCAGGUAUUACCUGUGAGAUCAGAGACCUGAGCAGGUUGCCAAUGUUUGUAUCCCUGACAGGAACCGUUGCCACAGUGACCAUGUUUCAUUCAUGACAAUUUGGGUUGCUUUUAUCUUUUCGUUCUUGGAUGUUUUUCUCUUUUAUUUUUAUUUUUUAAUUAAAUUUAAAUUAGGCCAAAGUGAUUUUUCUCAGUCAUGUCAAAGAAGCUUCAAGAGCACCGCCACGAUCCUGCCGUCUUCCUCUUUCUGUUUUCUUUUUUUUUUCAUCUUUUCGGGACAUUUUUAGACCCAGAGUUGUGUGUAAAGAUCAGCCAAUAGCUGGGUUGCAGUCACGUGGCCCGGAUGAUGUGUGGCAGGAAGUGAUUUGCUCCGGUUCAAAGCACAGUGAAAUGGGUCAGAGUGAGUGUGCUGGAAAGCAUAAAGAAUCAUCUGGUGUCAGUUUCCAAACAGUUUUUCUUACCGGAAGUGGUGAAUGGCCACAACCUACCUCUGCAUUUCUCACAUUUCUUCAAUUACAAGUUAGAUUUUUGGGGUUUCCUCUUCUGUAACGGGUGUCAGUGUUUCAGCCUGUCUGGUUUUUAUGGGUUCACUUCCUGACUGAAAGUGCUGACGUGUUCCCCGCUCUGAGACGAGGCACCUCCAGGUCUGAAAAGCAUGAAGUGUCGCUCGGCCCGAGUCUUUUUGUCGUUGAUUUAAGCAAAAACACUUCCUGUUAUUUCAACAAAAUGAWUUUUUUCUUUUAUCAUCACAAAGGAAGCAAGUUCUCCUGCCUCUCUCAAAGAGGGGCGCUGACCACCCACUGUGUACAUAUCUGAAGUUUUACUUUCAACAGAAGACUGUAAAUAUUUGUUUUAUUUACUGAUGUAAUAUUAAUAUUUUUCUUCUUUUUUUUWAAACCAAUGGGAUUUUAGAUCGGUUGCGCGUGAGAUCGCAUUUUAAUUUGUUUUGAUACUUGUGUGUAAAAUUAUGAAACUAUUAAUGUACAAAUUAUUAAGAACAAUGGUUUGUCAUAUUUUGUUUGUGCAGCAAUCAUGUUGCAAUAAAGUAAUAAAAAAUAUUUCCAAAAUAA